CUCAAGGAGGGCAGAAAGUCAAAGUGUCCAGGACGCGAGUCGUACUAAAAGAUCAUCAUCUACUAUAUCAGGAAGAACAUGAUGUCAAGGUCUUGCACCAAGAACAUCAAGGCGGGCAACACGUCGUCCAAAGUGCUUCUGCCCUCAAGGAUGUACUUGGAGUCAACGUCGACGGUCCAAGUAGUAGUCUAAGACUUUCUAAACCCACAGGCGCACCUCUAGAGGUCCAAGAACAGCUAAUCCACAGCUGCACCAGAGUCCUAGCUCGAGUAGACCGACCAAUAGCCCAGGGCUUAAUUUCCCAGCUCGAACUUAACAAUGUGUUGGGCACAGC